CAACAGGCACAAGAAAAAGUAUUUUCAGACCAAACUGUAAUUGGCGACCAGAGCACAUCAACCUUCUUGGUUGUGCUCAGCAAUGGCUAUCUAUCACCCGAGCCGUGGUGGCGUGCGUGGAGGUGCCGACCAGUUUGACUGGGAGGACGUAAAGACGGACAAGGACAGAGAAUGCUACCUGGGCCACACGGUGAAAGCGCCCAGUGGACGAUGGCAGAAGGGACAGGACCUCACAUGGUUCAACAAGGACAAGUCCACGGCAGGGCUGAAGGACUUGGAUGCCGAGCGACGCAAAGCUGAAAUUGCAGCCAUCAAGCAUCAGGAGGAAGAGAUGAUGGCUGUAGCACUCGGUCGCAAGCCACCGCCCAAGCCCGAACCCACUGACCAGCUUAGCAAAGCGGAGAUGAAGAUGUUGAUGAAGGGAGAAACAGGUGAUCAGAACGAGAAACAGGAUGACAACGAAGCCGUCAAAGCCGACAAGAUCAAAGGAUUGGGAUAUUCAAAUCAACGUUUGGCCAUGAUGGGUGGUGUGGGUAGAGCGGAGAGAGAGACGGCAGCGGGCACUGACAAUACGACGGCCGGAUCUGAACAGCUCUCACGGCACACUGUAGCGCCUGGACCAGCUGGCCAUACAUUACCAGAGGACUAUGAGGGAAAGAAAUCCAAGAAAUCUAAGAAAGAUAAGAAAGAAAAGAAAAGCAAAAAGGAGAAGAAGGAGAAAAAGAAGUCAAAGGACAAAGAGUGUGAUCUGGACGAGGAUGAGCAUGCUCGUCGGCAAGGCAACUCCGAGAGGCCACCACGAGACCGCGACAGUCGCCGUGACAACAGUUUAAAUCCGGGCCCUGGCGGCGACAAGCAAAGUAGUCAUGUCAUGCAGCGACAGGCUGAUCACGCGAGCAAAUCUGCUUUCUCUUCACCGCCGCGACGGCACCACAGUCGUAGUCGAUCACCUCGUCGCCAGGAUCGCGUACAAGCCCAAUCCAGACAUAGACGCAGCCCAUCUCCUCCUAGCCACCGAAGGCGGAGCAGAAGCCGCUCUCCGUCCUCGUCGACACGUGGACAAGGCCGCAAUGCCUCGCCACCCGGUCAGCGAGGCCAGAGGAGAAGCCCAAUGAUGCGUCGUCGACGGCAACCCAGCUUCUCUCCCGAGCGUGCCGAGCGGCGGAGAGAGCGGCAUGAUCGAAGCCGUUCUCCGCGACGUCAGCAGCCGCAGCAUCGCGCUGCAUCUCCAGAUAGGCGCACAGCAAUCAGUCAUCACCGCUCUGCCGUUCAUGACUCGGCACGCAGUCGCUCACCAGUACGAGAGGCAAGACGCAGUCGCUCACCCAUGAGGAAUACCAGGCGAGACCGCUCGCCGGAGUCAAACAGCCGGAGGCAUGCCUACUCGCCGGUAAGAAGUCGAAAGCGCAGCCGUUCUCCAGUAAGGAGAUCGAGGCGUAGCCACUCACCCGAAGAUCCCCACAGCUCCCGAAAUCGACGCAACUGAACUGGUACGAUGAUGAUGAUGUGUUCUUGCCAGCAUGUGUGUGUCCUCCAUUGAUGGCUGUUGCAGAAUGCAUGUGUUAGGGUUGUCUCUACCUCCGGGUAUUGAGCACUAUUGAGCUGUGGAAGUCGGUGCCUCCUUCUGUAUUCUUGUAGAGAUGCCUCCUCAACUAGAGUUCCGGUAGUAGUCCACCUACCCUUGUUAACCCCCUUUGUGACCCCAUCGAUCGAUAUUGUUAGUAAUAGUAGUCCACCUACCCUUGUAACGGAUAUGUGCGUCGUCAGACCAGGAAAUAUUGUGUUGAAUACGUAGGUGAUAUAGUUGUUGUAAGGAUAGCUGGUUCUGUUCAUACCUGUACUUCAUAUUGCAGGACUUUUUUCUUGAUAUUUCACACUCUUCAUAGCGUCAAGAAUGAUCAGACAUGCAUCGUGUUCUACGUACAUGUACAUGUACAUCUAAUUCUUGUAAGUUGUGUAACAUACAUACAGCAGCACUGCAAGCCAUAUCAUAUCAUGACUUGUUCAGGAUUAUUAUCAUGACUUGUUCAGGAACGCCAGAAGAAGACCAUUGUACAGUAUCAGGAA